UCCUCACAAACAACAACAUUGUUAAAAAUAAUGGCACCAAUCAAAGAUCUCAUAUCCAAAUUCUCUGAUUUCAAGAACAACAAGAAACUCAUUAUUUCCUCCGCCGCAAUAGCCUUGGUGUUAUUCGCCUCCGUAGUCGGAAUCGCCGCCACAAAAUCAAACCAAAACAAAAACCAAAAAAUCACAACUCUAUCUUCCACGUCACACGCCGUUCUAAAAUCCGUCUGCAGCUCAACACUUUACCCGGAGCUCUGUUUCUCCGCCGUGGCAGCCACCGGAGGAAAAGAGCUGACGUCACAGAAAGAAGUCAUUGAAGCGUCACUUAACCUAACAACCAAAGCCGUGAAACACAACUACUUCGCUGUCAAGAAGCUGAUCGCGAAGAGGAAAGGCUUGACACCGCGUGAGGUCACGGCGCUUCACGACUGUUUGGAGACAAUCGACGAGACGUUAGAUGAGCUCCACGUGGCGGUGGAGGAUCUUCAUCAGUAUCCUAAGCAAAAAUCUCUGAGGAAACAUGCCGAUGAUCUCAAAACACUAAUUAGCUCAGCCAUUACUAACCAAGGGACUUGCCUUGACGGUUUCUCUUACGACGACGCUGAUAGGAAAGUUCGUAAGGUGUUAUUGAAGGGUCAGGUACACGUGGAACACAUGUGUAGCAACGCAUUGGCAAUGAUCAAGAACAUGACAGAAACCGACAUAGCCAACUUCGAGCUAAGAGAUAAGUCUUCAUCCUUCACCAACAACAACAACCGCAAGCUCAAGGAGGUUACCGGCGACUUAGACAGCGAAGGAUGGCCAAUGUGGUUAUCAGUCGGAGACAGAAGGCUUCUUCAAGGGUCAACGAUCAAAGCUGACGCUACGGUGGCGGCUGACGGGAGCGGUGACUUUACCACGGUAGCUGCUGCUGUAGCUGCGGCGCCAGAGAAGAGUGACAAGAGGUUUGUGAUACAUAUAAAGGCAGGAGUUUAUAGAGAGAAUGUGGAAGUGACGAAGAAGAAGAAGAAUAUAAUGUUUUUGGGAGAUGGUCAAGGAAAAACUAUUAUCACCGGAAGUAGAAAUGUCGUCGAUGGAAGCACCACUUUCCACUCCGCUACAGUUGCUGCCGUCGGCGAGGGAUUCCUUGCGCGUGACAUCACAUUCCAAAACACGGCGGGUCCCUCAAAGCAUCAAGCGGUGGCUCUCCGAGUCGGGUCAGAUUUUUCUGCUUUUUACCAAUGCGACAUGUUUGCUUACCAAGACACACUUUACGUCCAUUCAAAUCGUCAAUUCUUUGUGAAAUGUCACAUUACCGGAACCGUCGAUUUCAUCUUCGGAAACGCAGCCGCGGUUUUACAAGAUUGCGAUAUUAACGCACGCCGACCAAAUUCCGGUCAGAAAAACAUGGUAACGGCUCAAGGACGGUCCGAUCCGAAUCAAAAUACGGGGAUAGUGAUACAGAACUGUCGGAUUGGUGGCACGCCGGAUCUUUUGUCCGUGAAAGGAACGUUUCCGACGUAUCUUGGUCGUCCAUGGAAGGAAUAUUCACGGACGGUGAUAAUGCAAUCGGAUAUAUCGGAUGUGGUCCGACCGGAAGGAUGGCUUGAAUGGAGCGGGAGUUUUGCGUUGGACACUCUGACUUAUAGAGAGUAUUUGAAUAGAGGAGGAGGGGCAGGAACUGCAAAUAGAGUGAAGUGGAAGGGCUUUAAGGUAAUUACAAGUGAUACAGAAGCUCAGCAAUUUACGGCUGGAUAUGGAAAAGUAGACGAAGCUCAAGAUUUAGCAUUAAAGAAAAAAACAAGAAAACGUCUACUUCUACUAUCCAUCUCCGUCGUAGUUCUCAUCGCCGUAAUAAUCGCCGCCGUAGUAGCCACCGUCGUUCACAAAAAGAAUAACGAGUCAACACCGAGUUCACCUCCCGAGUUAACACCAUCAACUUCACUCAAAGCCAUUUGCAGCGUAACUCGUUUCCCUGAAUCUUGCAUUUCAAGUAUCUCUAAGCUUCCAUCUUCCAACACAUCAGAUCCAGAGACUCUGUUUAAGCUCUCAUUGAAAGUAAUCAUCGAUGAGCUCGAUUCGAUUUCCGAUUUACCGGAGAAGCUAUCGAAAGAGACAGAAGACGAAAGAAUCAAAUCUGCGUUAAGGGUUUGUGGAGAUCUGAUCGAAGAUGCUUUAGAUCGACUCAACGACACUGUUUCCGCCAUUGAUGACGAAGGAAAGAAGAAAACUUUGUCAUCUUCCAAAAUCGAAGAUCUCAAAACUUGGCUUAGCGCAACGGUAACAGACCACGACACGUGUUUCGAUACGUUAGACGAGUUAAAACAGAACAAAACAGAGUAUGCGAACUCUACGAUUACUCAGAAUCUGAAAUCGGCAAUGAGUAGAUCAACAGAGUUCACAAGCAACAGUCUUGCAAUUGUAUCGAAGAUUCUUGCGGCGUUAAGCGAUUUGGGGAUUCCGAUUCACAGGAGAAGAAGACUGAUGAGUCAUCAUCAGCAAAGUGUGGAUUUUGAGGAAUGGACACGACGGAGGUUGUUGCAGACGGAGAGUUUGAAGCCUGAUGUGACGGUUGCGAGUGAUGGAACCGGUGAUGUGUUGACGGUGAAUGAAGCGGUGGCGAUGGUGCCGAAGAAGAGUUUGAAGAUGUUUGUGAUAUAUGUGAAGAGUGGAACUUAUAAUGAGAAUGUUGUGAUGGAUAAGAGUAAAUGGAAUGUUAUGAUUUACGGUGACGGCAAAGGAAAGACCAUUAUUUCCGGCGGCAAGAACUUUGUCGACGGUACUCCUACUUACGAAACGGCGACGUUUGCUAUACAAGGCAAAGGAUUUAUAAUGAAGGAUAUCGGAAUCAUAAACACCGCCGGAGCAACAAAACAUCAGGCGGUGGCAUUCCGAUCAGGCUCCGAUUUCUCUGUCUAUUACCAAUGCUCCUUUGACGGGUUUCAAGACACACUUUACCCUCACUCCAACCGCCAAUUCUACCGUGAUUGCGACGUUACCGGAACAAUUGACUUCAUUUUCGGAAGCGCCGCGGUCGUUUUCCAAGGCUGCAAAAUCAUGCCACGGCAGCCUCUUCCUAAUCAAUUCAACACCAUAACCGCUCAGGGCAAGAAAGAUCCGAACCAAAACUCGGGGAUGUCGAUCCAGCGAUGCACUAUCUCUGCAAACGGCAAUGUGAUUGCUCCCACGUAUCUUGGCCGGCCGUGGAAGAAUUUUUCCACGACUGUGAUUAUGGAAACUGAGAUUGGACCGGUGGUUAGACCGUCCGGGUGGAUGUCAUGGGUUUCCGGAGUUGAUCCGCCAGCAAGUAUUGUGUACGGAGAGUAUAAGAAUACGGGUCCGGGGUCGGAUGUAACCAAGAGAGUUAAAUGGGCCGGAUAUAAAUCGGUUAUGUCAGACGCUGAGGCUGCGAAGUUUACGGUGGCCACGCUUUUACAUGGAGGUGAUUGGAUACCGGCGACAGGAGUGACGCAUCAACUAUCUUAAUUUAGUGACAAUAUAAUUGGAUUUGUGGA